AUGGAGAGGAAUAGCUGUCUCCUUUUCCCCUUAAGGGGUAAUAAGAGAGUAUUUCCUGCUGCAGUGCUGCUGCUGCUGCUGCUGCUGCUGCUGAUUGCUGCAGCAGCACCAACAGCAACAAAUGCUCUAUAUAACAACAAAAAAAUUAUUAAUAAUAUUUAUUUGUCUCCUUAUAAGGGAGACAGUUCCCUUAUUGAUCCUUAUUCUCUUGCUGAGGUUGCUGCUGAGGAGACAGCAGCAGCAGCAGCAGCAGCAGCAGCAGCCAGCAGCAAGAGCAAAAAUACCAGCACCAGCACCAGCAGCAGCAGCAGCAGCAAGACUGCUGCUGCAGGAGACAGCGUGAAGGAGACAGCAGCAGAUGGUGACGAAGAAGAAGAGACAGCAGCAAAAGAAGAAAAGGAGACACAAGAAGAAAAGGAGACACAUAAGGAGACACACAGCAGCAGCAGCAGCAGCAGCAAUAAAAAAGGAGACACUGCAGCAGCAGCAGGAGAAGCAGCAGAAGACUCCAAACGCAGCAGCAGCACGACAAAGACUUAUCCUCUUCGCAGCAGAAGCAGCAGCAGCAACAGCAGCAAGACCAACAACAGCAGCAGCAGCAGCAGCAGCAGCAGCAGCAGCAGCAGCAGCAAAGGAGACACUCGCCGUUCUUCAGAUACAGACACAGAUAAAGGAAAAGGAGACAGUACAUCUCCAUCAUCAUCUACUGCUGCUGCUACUCCCUCUGCUGCUGCUCCCUCUGCAGCAGCAGCAGCAGCAGCAGCAGCAGCAGCAGCAGCAGAUGAGGAAGAAGACUUAUAUAAUGCAGCACAAGAGCUAAAACGUUUAGUUAUGGAGUUAGAGUUAGGAGACGAUCCAGCAGCAGCAGCAGCAGCUGCAGCAGCAGCAGCAGCAGCAGCAGGAGGACCAUCAGGAGCAAGAGGAGAAGAAGAAGAAGAAGAAGAAGGAGAGAAUAAGAAGAUAUCUCCUCUGCUGCUGCUGCUGCAGGAGCAGCAAGAAGAAGAAGAAAUAAUAAGAGAAUAUAUAAUAAAAUGUUAUAAUAAACAUAAACAACAGCUGCAGCAGCAGCAGCAGCACAGGCAGCAGCAGCAGCAGCAGCAGCAGAAAAAAAAACAAAAAAAAGGAGAACAACAAGACCACCAGGAGCAAGAGCAGCAACAACAGCAGCAGCAGCAGCAGCAGCAGCAAGAGCAGCGGCAAAUAGAGGAAGAGGAGCUAGAUACAAUAAUAAAUCCUUAUAUAGGUCCUGUUGCUUCCUUGUCUCCUUAUAGUGUCUCCUCUUUGUCUCUUUAUUCUCCUUUGCUGCUAGCAGCAGCAGAUCAACAAUAUAUGCAGCAGCAGCAGCAGCAGCAGCAGCAGCAAGAAGAAGCAGAAGAAGCAGAAGCAGAGGAAGAAGAAGGAGAAGGAGGAUUAGGAGGAUUAGGGAUACAUAAGGAGACAGCAGCAGCAGAAGCAGCAGAAGAAUCUGCUGCUGCUGCUGCAGCAGCAGCAGCAGCAGCAGCAGCUGCUGCUGCUGAUAGUAGUAGAGGUGUCUCCUUUCCUACACAACAUUAUAAUUAUAUAAAGAUGCCUACUAUUAAUAAAAAAAGGAGACACUUUUUUUCUUUGUCUCCUCCCCUCCUGUCUCCUUCUUCUCCCUUGUCUCCUCCUCCUUCCUUGUCUCCUUCUCCUUCCUUGUCUCCUUAUGUAUCUCCUUCUUCUUCUGUGUCUCCCUAUGUGUCUCCUUUUGCUGCUGAUGAGGAGACACAGGAGGCAGCAGCAGCAGCAGCAGCAGCAGAAGCAGCAAGAGCAGCAACAUUAGGAUUGUCUCCUUCUUCUUCCUCUAAUACUAUUAAUGGUUAUUUUCCUUAUACUAUUACUCCUUCCUUGCACCUGCAGCAGCAGCAGCAGCAGCAGCAGCAGCAGCAGCAGCAGCAGCAGCAGCAGCAGCAUAAUGAUGAUGAUGAAUCAGAGAUUGUCUCCUUUUUACAGUUAGAUACAAAGGAGACACAAGAAGAAGAAAAGGAGACAAUAAAUAAUAAUAAGGAGGAAGAAGAAGGAGAAGAAGGAGAAGAAAAGGAGACACAAAGAGGAGGAGGAGGGAUAAGAGGGAGGAGACAGCAACUAAUGGAUGUGCAGCAGCAUAUCUUUACUGCUGCAGCAACAGCAGCAGAAGCAGCAGAAGAAAAGGAGACACCAUCCUCUUCUUUUGUCUCCUUAAGAAACAGCAGCAGCAACAGCAGCAGCAGCAGCAGCAACAGCAGCAAUAACAGCAACAGCAGCAAAGAAGGAGGAGAAGAAGGAGAAGAAGGAGAGGGAGAGGAAGAAGAAGAAGGAACAGCAGCAACAAAGGGUAGUGCAGCAGCAGGAGAGAAUGUAACAGCAGCAGCAGGAGAGACAGCAGCAGCAGCAGCACCAUCAACAGCAGCAGCAGCAACAGCAACAGCAGCAGGAGAAAAAGGAGAAGAAGAAGAGGAAGAAGAAAAGGAGACACCAACAGAGAAAGAAAAAGGAGAAGAAGAAGAAGAAAUACAUAAAAAGGAGACAAAAGAAAAGGAGACAGUAAUAGAGGAAGAGGAAGAAGAAGAAGAAAAAGAGAAACAGCAGCAGCAGCAGCAGCAGCAGCAGGAGCAGCAGCAGCAGCAAGAGCAGCAAGAAUCAGCAAAAAGCAGCAAAACAACCGCAACAACGGCUCUGCCUAUACACCCCAAUUAUGUAUACAAUCUCCUUUUUGUUAUCUAA